UUUAAGGGCAAUGUUCCCGUUGUUCGAUGUGAAAAUGGCUGUUGCGAGGACAGUCCUUGCCUGAAUGGAGGAACGUGUCACGAGACCUGUGACAUCAUCGGCAAACGUUUCACGUGUGAAUGCGGUCCGUAUGCUACAGGGAACCUCUGUGAAACUGGUACAGCACUAGAUUUAAGUUUCCUUCUCUUUUCGUUCUUUGUCAAUUUAAGUGAGUGUUACCUUAAAAUCAGAUCACAGUCUUAAUAUAUUGAGUGGAAAUGACUGAGAAAAACAACAAUCAACUUACUUACUUACUUAGGCCGGGUGAUCAUCACUUAAGCCGGGUGAUCAUCCCGAGUCGUCCUAAUAUAAAAAUCUUUCCACACGACCUGAUCUUAUCUCUUUGGUAUUGCCCAGUCCAGUGUCAGCCUUGAUGGUGUCAAUGUAUGUAGUUCUUGGCCACCUCGAUUUGGGUGAACAUGUUGGGGGUUUUUGAAGCGGUCUCUUCAUUGUGAGCAGCACAAUGGCCAGCUAAUCUUAAUCUUCUUGCAUGGAUUGUUUCACUAACUCUUGGGAGGCUCCCGUAUAGCUCCUGAUUGUUGAUAUGUUGUUACCAGUGCACAUUCAGGACCGUUCGCAGCAUUCUGGUGUAGCAUCAAUCGACACUUUUCUCCAGCUACUUGGUCUCGGUCCACGUUAGCCUGAGUAUCAGGCCUUCCUAAGGGGCUAGGGAAGCCUUUUCCACCAGAACCGCCUGAUACUCAGACUAGGUCCACGUUUCACUUCCAUAGAGUAAGACAGACUCCACACUUGUUCUAAAAAGUCUGAACUUCUUUGCUCGUGGCUGCUUUGAGGUCCACACUUUUCUCAUUCCGUUGCAAGCUACCCAAGCUGAAGCUUCAAACGGUACUGUUUAGUGUCGCUUGCUUUAGCUGCGAGAUCUAAAAAUGCAAGCGCUUCUUUUUCAGACUUCCGCCCCGCCGAUUUGCAACCUCUAAAGGCAAAAAAUGUAAGAUUCUGAAAGAGCCUGGGGAAAGUAGUGCAUGAGAAAUGGGUAAAAAGUCGUGAAAUGUCCCAAAUUUCCUAGUGGAAGGAGUUACAGUGAGGAUUAUGUGUAUUGGAAGUCACAUGCCUCUUUAAAGCUUGAGCGGUAAACAUCAUGAUCAAUUUUUAUGAUUUAGGUUUUGAGAUUUCUAUGUUUAUUGUUGCAGCCAUCUUGAAACAAGAGAAACAGUAAGUCUACACAUUUGUUGGCAGCGGCAAGUCGCGGUAUAUACAUGUAGGCUCAAGAAUGUAAUCAAACGCGACCGCUUAGCGUUUUCUUUGGAUUGAGCUGGCUAUCUAUUGAUAUCUAACUUGGAAACGAACCCUACAGCUCCAAAAUUUUUUUAGUUUGACUUUUCGAGAAAGCGUGAGAAAUCAUUUGCCAACUCGUGAGAGCGUGAGAUAGGUCCUGAAGUCGUGAGUCAUGUACACUGUUUAGGAGAAGACUUGUGCGAAAAUGUGUUCCAUUUUUAGGACAGACGAGCGCAAAAUUGUAUACCCUGUUUAGGACAGAGACGAAAAUAAGCCGCCCUGUCCAGCGGCACAUCUCUGUAUUGGUCACAUAAAGGAGUACCGACCCAGGGACGAACCUUAGCGUCACUCUAGUACUCUGAAACUCAUUUUCCAUUGUGAUAUUCGGUUUAUCACCCGACGAAUGGAACUGAAAAAAAAAGCAAAAAAACUUUUCAUUCGCUUGGGCCUGUCUUUGAUAAUAAACAACUUCUCAAAAUGUCAGUGUGUGGUCGUAAGUUGGUAAUUCUUAUUAUUCCUACUUGAGUGUACCUUGUAUAGCUCAAUAUUUAAAGUAGCUUUUGAGCUUUUACCAUUUGAAUUUUUUUCCUACAGCGAUCUGCUUCACCCCCGACUGGCUUCGCUUUGAAAAUUCAUGUUUCAAAGUUUUCACCGAUAAGCUAACUUGGUUUGACGCACAGAGCUCCUGCGCCCUAAUCAACAGCAACUUAACGUCAAUUCACAGUGCAGAGGAGAACGACUUUGUGCGCAAACUAGUAACGCCUGGUUCGCCCUCUGUAUGGAUUGGUUUCACCGACUUAUAUAGCGAAGAUGACCGCUUUGAAUGGGUUGAUGGCACGUACAAAUCAUUUACAAACUGGCAUUAUGGUGAGCCAAAUAACAUGGGACCUUAUGGAAGCGACGAAAACUGUACGGAGUUUCGUUCUUCAGAUGGAGGUUGGAAUGACUUGAACUGUGCCUACUAUAAUAAAACUUAUGUAUGUGGAAAAAAAUUGAAUCCCUAG